AUGUUCUCCUACGAUAACAUCAAGACGUUAGCCCUCUUCUUUGCGCCGAUCAUAAUACCCAAGGCCAUCUCUCUCUUCCAAUCAGUCUACUCACAUCUUACGAACCGUCCGCCUCCUCAGGCUCUUCCUACACUCGCCUCCCGCGCGCUUAACAUCCUCUUCUUCUCAACCGCCCUCUUCCUCGCCCUUAGCCUUACACCGGGUAGUAAUAUACUUUCCAGUACCAGCUCCGGCACAAAUGAUAUCUUCAAACUGACAGGUUCGCGUUUCAAUACGCCGACGGAGCUGCUCUUCUCUCGCCUGAGACGGCUUGGUGGACGGUUCGAGGUCGAAAGCGAACACGACUCAACACUCAAGAAACUGUUUAGCUCUCACACAGCAAGAGGAGUGUAUCUGCAGCUCGGAUCAGAGCCGCUGAUUGCCUGUCCGUUUUGCUCGUUGGAUAGCGCGGUUACUUACCUACUUUACUAUCUACCCUUUAACACCCUAGUGCCCCAUCUAUUUCACUUUCUAGUUAUUGGCAUAGCGACUUCCAGCUCCAUAGUAGGGGAGAAGACAGCCAGGUGGAGGAACAAGUUCCUCGUCGGCGCUGUGGCGCUUUUGGUUAUUGAACUAUGUGUUAUCUUACGGGCAACGUCUCCUCUUUUCUCCCGCUUGAGGAGCUCGUCCGACGGUCAACGCAAUAAGUGGACGCAACUAUACGCUCAGUACCCAGAUGCUCCAACGAGUCUACACGUUCAGCUGAUCACACUGCGGCCUCUAGCAUUUACUGUGUUUGACGCUAUUUGCGCUGCCCUGAUUUACUUGUCAGCUACCAAUAGGCUCUUUUAUACCCUACCCACGCCCGCGGAGCAGGCACAGCAGAUUCUAACCCUGUCUACUGCGACCAUGCUAGCUACCAUGUCGAAGCUUCAGGCUCUUAGUGUGACAAGAAGCGUGAUUGCACGGGAUCCCGAGCUUAGUGCGAAGUAUGAUGCGUACCAUCGUGGAGAAGGCAAAGACGGUGAUGAUUGGGUUUGGCAGGAAGAAGGGGUUAUCAAUGCUGUUGCGAAGGUGAUGAACGAUAGAGCCUUGCAAGCUGGUAAUCGCACGGACGUAAAGGAGCACGAAAUGAUAGACUCGAGCGAAUAUGUGGAUAAACUCACCGCUGGAUUGGAGGAUCCUAUCAUCAGUUGA